AUGGCCGGUUCUUCCCCCUGGUUGUUCUGGAGACGGAGCCUCCUCCUGGCUGUUUGCAUGUGCGCGCUCGGGGCGCGCGGAUCUGAAGAGGAGGAGGACGACGGCGGCUUCAACUCUGAGUCAUGGCUGAGGAUGUAUGGCUACUUGCCUCAGGCCAGCAGGCAAAUGUCCACCAUGCGCUCCACGCAGAUCCUGGCCAACGCCAUCAGUGACAUGCAGCGCUUCUACGGCCUGGAAGUCACCGGGCAAAUGGACGCGCAAACCAUCAGCGCUAUGAAGAGACCCCGCUGUGGCGUACCCGACAAGUUCGGAGGCCAAAUUAAAACCAACGUGAGGCGCAAACGCUACGCCCUCACCGGGCAUAAAUGGAACAAGAACCAUCUCACGUACAGCAUCCAGAACUACACCCCCAAGAUUGGCGAGUACAACUCCUUCACGGCCAUCCGGCAGGCCUUCAAGGUGUGGGAGAGCGUCACCCCGCUGACGUUUGACGAAAUCCCCUACCAGGAGAUCAAGUACGGUCGGCGUAAGGAGCCCGACAUCAUGCUGUUUUUUGCGUCCGGUUACCACGGCGACAGCUCCCCGUUUGACGGCGAGGGCGGCUUCCUGGCCCACGCCUACUUCCCCGGGCCCGGCAUGGGCGGUGAUACGCAUUUUGAUUCGGACGAGCCGUGGACCAUCGGGAACCAGAACGUACAGGGCAACGACCUGUUCCUGGUGGCCAUCCACGAGCUGGGCCAUGCGUUAGGCUUGGAGCAUUCCAACAACCCUCUGGCCAUCAUGGCUCCCUUCUACCAGUGGAUGGAGACGGACAACUUCCAGCUCCCCGACGAUGACCUAAGAGGCAUUCAGCAGAUCUACGGUACGCCAGACAACAAGCCAACUCAGGCCUUGCCCACUGUGACGGCGCGUCGCCCGGAUCCCCGGCCGCCGCAGCAUCCGCCUCCGCGUCAGCCGGACCGGCCCAGGACCACCGACAGACCGGACCACUACGGACCGGACAUUUGCGAAGGCAACUUUGACACUGUGGCUAUGCUCCGAGGAGAAAUGUUUGUCUUCAAGGGUCGCUGGUUCUGGAGGGUGCGCAGGAACAGAGUCCUGGACAACUACCCCAUGCCCAUCGGACACUUCUGGCGAGGUCUCCCUGGCGACAUCGACGCCGCUUACGAGAGGCACGACGGCCGCUUUGUCUUCUUUAAAGGAAAUCGAUUCUGGCUCUUCCGAGAGGCCAACCUGGAACACGGAUACCCUCAGGAGUUGGUGGACUUUGGCCGUGACAUUCCCUACGACCGCGUAGACUCGGCCAUCUGGUGGGAGCCCUCUGGAUACACCUACCUCUUUCAGGGAGACUGGUAUUGGCGUUUCAACGAACAGGCACGCUCUGCCGACAGAGGUUACCCGAAACCCAUCAGCGUGUGGGGGUCAUCCGUACCCUCCGCUCCCAAGGGGGCCUUCCUAAGUGACGACGGAGCGUACACCUACUUCUACAAGGGCUCCAAGUACUGGAAGUUCGACAACCACCGUAUGAAGAGUGAGCCGGGCUACCCCAAGUCUAUCCUGCGGGACUUUAUGGGCUGCAACGUAGACCUGGACCCCCCUGACACCGACGACAAAUACCCCAACGUCAACCAGCCGCCGUUCAACCCGGACGCCGGGCGCGAGGAUGACAACAAAGUCGACGAUAAGGACGGGGAGGAUGGAGGCAGCGACGAGGAUGAGCACGAGACCCGCGAGGAGGACACCAACGAGGUGGACGUGGUUCUGAAGGUGGACGACAGCCAGGAGCGGACAAUGAACAUCCUGAUGGUUACCAUCCCUCUGGUUCUGGUGCUGUGCAUCCUGGGCCUGAUUUACGCCAUCAUCAACACUCUUCAAAGCAAAGGGGCGCCGAGGCUUCUGGUGCACUGUAAGCGCUCGCUGCAGGACUGGGUUUGA